AUGAUGCAGUUAACUGAACCUGUAAUUCUACAUUUACCUCGACUAAAAUAUCUUCAAGUAGAAGGAAAAUGUGAAUUAUUUCAUUUGCUCAAUGCAGCUUCUAGUCUUCAUGAAUUAUCAGUUGAUUUCGAUUCCUUCAGUAGAAUAAUGGACAAUGAAGCGGUGCAUCAACUUUUACAACAACGCAUAGUAUGUCUUGAAAUUUUUCGCCUACGUGAUAUUCAUAAAUUGCGAUUGGAUACUAUUUUUAAACUAUUUCCUCUUAUUCGUAAUCUGGUUCUCUCAGUAAAAGAUUCAAGCGUCUUCAUCGAUUCGCUUGUAUGGCAAACUUUGAACAUUUGGAAAGAACAGCAACAGCAUGCUUAUCUCUGUAUCAAAGGUCCUCUUUCUGACGAAGGAAAUCAAACUCUUCGCAAAUGGUUAAUGGAACAUAUUUAUACACCGAUAACAGACUCAUUUGCUUUCGACUAUCAAAAUAAAUGGAUUCAUUUUUGGUUUUGA